UUACCAAUAUAGCCUUUGGAUCAAUUGUAUUUUCAUUAAAUAAAGUAUUCGCAUAAUCUGCUGGCUCAAUUUAAAGCUCUAAAAUUUUUUUCAAAAUGUCUGCCACAUGUGCUGGAAUUUUACGCGAAACAUUUCCCCAAAUCGACGAGGAAAUGUUCAGUUAUAUAAACGGAAUUUUGGAAUCAAGCAGCGAUGAUUUUGUCGAUGCGUCGGAUGUGUUUGAUGCUGUGGGUGAUCUAUUCCUGGAAAUCUCAGAAAGUGAACCAAAUGUCAUCCAAGAACUUUGUGAGCAGUUGAUCGGAGUUUUGAAAAUAAAUUCCCAGAAUAGUACAAGUGAACCUACAAAGCUUCAUACUCCGGUUCAGUUAAAGGACAUUGUAGAAAACAAUGAUGAAACUGUGGAAGAGAAUGCUAGUAUUUGGCUUAUAAAGAAAGAUGAAUUGAGGGAGACAGUGGAUUCAAAGAAGCUUGAAAAAGCUGAGGCAAAGAUUAAAGCAAAACAAGAUAAAAGAAUAUUGAAAGAAAACUCAACUGGUCCACCUCAAACAAGAAGUUUAACAGACAAUGCAUCAGUGAGUCACACAACAAACAGACGAGAUGUGCAUUUGGAAAAAGUUGGUUAUUCUCAAGAUAUCCAUCUGGAGAAUAUUGAUCUAGCAUUUGGAGAAAGAGUGUUAUUAACUGGGGCCAACUUGAUGUUAAAUUUUGGACAUCGCUAUGGUUUGAUAGGUCGAAAUGGAGUUGGAAAGACCACAUUGCUGCGCUCGUUAUCAAGGAGGGAGGUACAUGUCUCAUCUCAAUUGUCAAUACUUCAUGUUGAACAAGAGGUUGUGGGAGAUGAGACACCAGCUCUGGAAAGUGUCUUAGAAUGUGAUGUAAGGAGGACCAAUUUAAUCAAAGAGGAAAAAUCUCUUACAGCAAAACUUCAGUUGGACAGCCAUUCACAAGAUAAUACAAGUCAUGAAAGCCGUCUGGCUGAGGUCUAUGCAGAAAUGGAGGAAAUUGAAGCAGACAAAGCCCCUGCAAGAGCAUCAGUGAUUCUAGCUGGCCUUGGUUUUUCACCCAAAAUGCAAGGACAGCACACACGGGAAUUCUCUGGUGGAUGGCGAAUGAGACUAGCCUUGGCAAGAGCUUUGUUUUCAAAGCCUGAUUUGUUACUCCUUGACGAACCUACAAACAUGUUGGAUUUGAACGCAAUUAUUUGGUUGGAAAAUUAUUUACAGAAAUGGCCGUCAACUCUAUUGGUUGUUUCUCACGAUAGAAAUUUCCUGGAUUCCGUGUGCUCUGACAUCAUUCAUAUGCAUUCCAGCAAAUUGGACAGCUACAAAGGAAAUUAUGAGACGUUUUUCAAAACGAAAACAGAAAAAUUGAAGAAUCAGCAGCGAGAGUACGAAGCCCAACAACAGUACAGAGAACAUUUACAGGCAUUUAUCAAUAGGUUUCGUUACAACGCCAACAGAGCUGCACUGGUUCAGAGCAAAAUCAAAAUAUUGGAAAAACUUCCAAAGCUAAACGCGGUUGAGAAGGAAACAGAAGUUGUUCUAAGGUUUCCUGAUUGUGAAGAUCUGUCGCCACCCAUCCUUCAGCUUGACGAGAUUUCGUUUCACUACACGAAAGAUAGAGUUAUAUUUGAGAAAGUCUGUAUGUCGGCGACCAUGCAAUCUAGAAUAGCAGUGGUGGGAGAAAACGGUGCUGGUAAAACAACGUUGUUAAAAAUUCUGCUUGGAGAACUGGAACCAGUAACGGGACUUCGACAUGUUCACAGGAACUUGAAAAUGGGUUAUUUUAGCCAACAUCAUGUCGACCAACUAAGCAUGAAUACGAAUUCAGUUCAGUUAUUACAGUCGAGGUUCCCAGGUAAACAAGAAGAAGAGUAUCGCAGACAACUUGGAUCCUUUGGUGUUUCUGGUGAACUAGCAUUACGACCUAUUGACAGUCUGUCUGGUGGACAAAAAAGUCGUGUCGCAUUUGCUAUCCUUGGCAUGUUAAGACCGAACUUUCUUAUACUCGACGAACCCACAAAUCACUUGGAUAUGGAAACGAUUGAAGCCUUAGGGAAAUCAUUGUUGAAAUUCCAGGGUGGUGUGAUAUUGGUAUCCCACGACGAAAGACUGGUACGAACUGUUUGCAAUGAGAUUUGGAUCUGUGGUCAGAAAAAUAUACGUUCAAUAGAAGGUGGCUUCUCAGAAUAUAGGCGAAUUUUAGAGGAUGAAUUCAAAAGAUUAUGAAAUUAGAUAAGUACAUAACAAAUUUCAAGAAUAUUAUAUCAAUUCGCUCCCACUGGUGACACAGCCAUUUUUAAUUUAAUAAUUCCAGCAAUUGAACAUUUGAAUGUUUAAUUCCUGCUACGGUUUUUUCAGUAACAAAUCCGGAUCAAUAUAAUUUGGCGGUGCUUCUCAUAUAAUGGAGGUUUUAAAAGAUGAUUUGACCAAGAAGAUUUCUUGGACAAAUAUCUUAAUCUGCCGCAUGCAUGCAUGUGAUUGAGUGGGUGCAACUGCAACACACACUGCAAAAAGAUUCCUCAUGUAAAGCGAACUAUUAAAACACAUCGCAUGAAAGCGCAUUGAGUGAUGAAGAUUUUGACGAUAAAUUUUUGCCAAAUACUACGGAAUUUAUAAGCCCUUGUUUGUUUUCGACGCAACGCUCGUUUGUCAAAAUUUCUUUUAAAAUCCCAUCCGUCUUUCUAAAUAGAAAAGCCAGGGCUUAUCAGUUAUCCAAAUACAACAUGCUGUUUGACGUAUGCCGGCCUACGUGUUUGCAUUUGACUCAAAACUUCAAAAUCGCCCUAUUUAUAUUUUGCAUUUCAAAGGAGGCGUGCGUUCUGUGAACGCAAUCUCUGUGACUGAGUUCAAAACAGCUUGAUAAUGCUGUUCUCAGAGCACAAUUAGGUUUUAAUUUCAGCAAGUUGCCUAGAACAGGAUAGAUAAAUUAACAUACACCGAAUGAAUCUCAUUUUUAUACCUUGUUGAUUCAAAUAUAAUUGCCAUGGAAUGCUGGCAUAACAUGACCGCUCAAUUCUAUCCGGAUUUUCUCUGAAUUUAACCAUUUUGAGAGGUAUAGUUCACAUCUGUGUAGGACAAUAGAGGUUAAUAUUUAGCCUACAGUUUUGGCCAUCUUGUCAAUUACCGGUCCAUUCAUUUGCACCGCAACCGAACAGCCUCACCGUCGCACAAUUAUUGCAUCAGAUGAGAUGGAACUGCCGGUGAUCUUUCAUGACUUGUAUUUACCUAAAUAGGUAUAAAUAGAAGGGGUUUUUCUUACAUUUGACCGAUGAUACCUGAUGGUUUUCGUCCAUCAAAAUGAAGAAAAAAACAGCUUUAGUUGGCCAAUAUAUUUUGCCCCCAUGUUUUGAGAUGCACGCGCAAACAAGUGAAAAACUAUAAACAUUCGACGUUGAGAAUAUUGAUAUUCAUAUAGUUUUAGCGUAUAAUUAGCAUGUCAUAUUUCAGUUUCAUUGGCUUACCACGCGGGUUCGACUCAAACAGAAUAAUUUAGGGCCUGAACCGUCGUUUUGACAACCAAGAUAUUAUUAAUUUUUUUGUGCCUUAACACUUUAACAUAAAUCAAGUUCAGAUGUAGGGAUGUCUUUCAAGAAGAUUUCUCUUCGAUGUCGUAUAUGUUUCGAUGUUUUUGUGAACAAGAAUAUACUAGUUCAAUGUAAUCUCGUUUGAAUUUUGUGCCGUGCGGCGUGUGUUUUCGACGGGUUCAGCAGUAACAUCGACGCGGUUGCUAACUUGCUCAUUGUGAUUGUGUGAUGCUAAAUUGAAAUGGGGACAGCCUGUUCAGUUGAUGCAAAAAACACCUCGACUCGCAUGAAAGAUGAAAAUGGACGAACAAAGGAAGACCUCAACAGGCCGAAAAGCAUUUCAAGUUCAAUUGUUUAUAAUACGCUGUGAGUAAUAUUGCAUGCGUAGGAAUAUCUAUAAUAUAUAUCUUAGUGUGUACAUUGUUUUAUUUGACAUCGCUGAGAGCUUUCUUAAUGCGUCGUAAGGCAGAGAUUAUCCAAGAAAUUUUAGAUCGUGACUGGGUAACUCGGCCAAGGAAUUUAUGGUCAACUGAGCAUUUUGCGAGAUAUUAAGUAUCAGACAGUUAGAGCAAUGACAUGGCGACCGAUCGCAACAAAGAUAUAAAUAAUUACAAGAUGAAUUAUUAAUCUAAUGCCACGAACGAUUGUGAGACCCUUGCAUUGCACCGAGCAUGCGUAGGUUUCAGUCAUGGUGUCAUAUACAGCCAUCAUUUCACCGCUGUUCCAUUGAGUUCACUCCCUAAAGUUAAAGUUGAGACUUUUCAUCCUACGCGUUUUGGAAAUAUGUAAGGGAAUGAAACAGUGAUUAUUACACACGAGUUAUUUCACCCAGAUCAUGGUACAUAUUCUUCACUGCAGUCUAGAGUUUAUCGACCUUAUUACUGUGAUCGCGUGUUAAACAUUGAUCGUGCAUGUAAACUGAGUUUACAAAAUUUAGAUUGCGGGAUUUGAUUGUGCAUAUUGUUGAUAUCUGAUUACAAUUUCACAUUGAAACACAGCUGUUGUUAAAAUGUAUAAUUAUAUUCACGAGAGCGGUAGUAUAGUGAUUUACAUUUUCCUGAAAUUUUUCGUGCGAUUUUCUUUUCUUCAUCCAUGCGAACUAGCAAAUUGUUAUCAAUGCUCUUGUUGAAAAAGUGCUUUUAUCAGAACUUCCGAACAUCCAUAACCGUCCAAUCAGCAAUUUACUUGUAUUAUAGCAGGGAAAAUUCACAGCAGGAAUUGCAGGUGCAAAUGAGUGGCCAUCAGGCUGCAGCAUAAUAGCUAAAUAAGCUAAUAUCGUGCCCUGUGUACAUAGAAGCUCUUUGAUAUUUAAACUUAUAUAUUUAUAUCCUAUUGAUAUCCUAUUAUAUCUUAUUGAUAUCCUAUUGAUCUCCUCAGGUGGAAUCCAUUCCGAAUCACGAGAGACGAAGCAGAAAAUCUUCUUCAAGGUUCUUACGCUGGGGCUUUCAUUUUUUCCUACAGCAUCA